UUCGCAGAGUGAUAUAUCCAAGAACAUCAAUGGGAAGUUGUGUAGAAGGAAAACGUGAGAUGGGAAACAAGCAGCAGGGAUGAGUUCCGGUUUGAGAGGAUUGUAAAGCAGAAGGCUGGAGCAGAUUGAUUAGUGUUGAUUAAUGGUUCAGAUUCAAAAGUACCUGUACAUGACUUUAAUGACGGCUGACCAAAACCCCACAGAGAAUCUGUGAAGAGAAGCCAGGCCCAACAAAGCAGUCAUGACACCUCAGCAGAGCCACAGUGCCUUCAUGCCACGCCGGCAUUGAUACAGUAAUUCAUUCAAUAGGAGCCCUGGUUGUACUGUACAUGAAAAUGUUUUUGUUCUUCAUUCAUCUUAGGUGAUGGCUCUAAUUUUCUGAGGAACUGAAUUUAUUUUAGCUGUAAACCAUGAUUAUGGUUGAAUACUUGAAUUAUAACAUAUUCAUAUGAGUUUCACUUUCUGAAUUGAUUAUUAGUUGUUCAUUGAUAUUUUCAUGGCUUAGUGUACAUUGAAUGAAGAGCUCUCAUGGACCAAACCAUUAUUGACAAAGUACAAUUUAUUGAACUCUGGAAAUUAGUCCUAGUCUUCAUUUAUGACGAUAAUCACAUUUCAGCCAUGCUGAUUGGUGCAUUAAGAGCUUUUCCCCUCGUGGUUGAUCCACCCAGCCGAGUUGAAGGAGCUCUGCUCUGGAGGAAAUCAACCCUCCGGGUGGGGAGGAUCACAAACUGGAUCCCAUUUGGAGCAGAGAGGAUGCUGAGACGAUCCGAGUCGGGGGAUGUUUAUAAAUAGACGCUUGCUGGUGAUUCAUCAGCUGCUCGUGUUCUCCGCAUCCUAACUUGGCCGCCGCUGGAUGCUGAUGACGGGCCGCUUCGCCUCCUGUCACUCUGAUGGAGCUCCGACACGGAAACGCUGAGGUACGACAAAUCGGAACCGGGGAGCAACAGGCCAGUUAGAUCCGGUUCGGAAGAGGAGGGGACCCGCUGUGGCGGCGGCAUGUUCUGAUCGGAGAGCCGGAAGUGUAGCUGCUGCUGGCGGGAUGAAGGCUCCGCGGAGACCGAGGCAGACGCUGCUCCUUCCCCGACUGUGCGUCGGCGCGGCGGGUCUGCUCGCAGCUGUCUGGGUCUUCCACCUCUCUGAAAUUACAGGUUUCCAGGGCCAAACUGGGGAGACUGGCAGGCACUUCUCUAAAAGAGAACUCAUUCAGCAAACAGAAGACAACCACAAUGGCAGUAUUUCCAGAUCAGCUAUACAUGAGUUCCCAGAGGACAUCUUUACUCUGGCUCAGAGGAGACAGGGAGCCAUGCUCCUGCAUGUUCUUUGUGCGAUCUACAUGUUUCAUGCUCUGGCCAUUGUGUGUGAUGUUUAUUUUGUGCCAUCAUUGGAAAAAGUAUCAGAGAACCUCCAGCUCAGUCAGGAUGUUGCCGGGGCAACCUUCAUGGCAGCUGGGAGCUCCGCCCCUGAACUCUUCACCUCUCUGAUUGGCGUGUUCAUCACAAAGGGAGAUGUUGGUGUGGGGACUAUUGUGGGAUCAGCGGUUUUUAACAUCCUGGUCAUUAUUGGGCUCUGCGGCAUCUUCUCUGGACAGCCCAUCUGUCUGAGCUGGUGGCCUCUGUUUCGUGAUGCUAUUUUUUACAUCCUGUCCAUAGUGGUGCUUAUUCUGGUAAUCUAUGAUGAAAAAGUUCUGUGGUGGGAGACCAUCAUCCUGAUCUCCAUGUACGGCAUCUACAUAAUCAUCAUGAAGUUCAACAGACGCCUCUGCUGCCUGGUGGAGAGACACUGCAGCGUGGACGGUCAGCCGUGUCUGAGCAGUCUGCGCCGGACGACCGCUGUCGGAAACGUCGGAGACGGCGAAAAUGACAUGGUGCCGCUGAAGCCAGACUCGUGUGUGGUGGCCGGUCAAGACUCGGGCGCGGUGCCGGCGGAUGAGCUACCGAACCUUCGCUCUCAUCAGCUCAGCUUCUCAGAGAGGCAGAGGCUGAUUCGAGCUCGGGUGAGCCCAGAGGAGGGCGCAUGUCCGGGGGAAGAAGGGUCGGGUCCGGGUGGGACCUGGGGGAGAGAAAACGGGGCGGCAGCGGAGGGAGAGAGGGAGAGGGGUAAGGAAUCAGGGGGAGAGACCGGUGGGGGCGCUCAGCUGAAAGAGGAUGAGGAGGAAGAAGAGGAUGAGGAAGAAGGGGAGGAAGAAAACUCUCCUUUCAAACCCUUCAUCCUGCCACAUGGCUGGUGUGUUCGACUGAAGUGGCUGCUGUCCUGGCCUCUCAGCUUCCUGCUGCACUGCACCAUCCCCGACUGCAACCAGCCGCGAUGGGAGCGCUGGUACCUCCUCACCUUCCUGUCCUCCACUCUCUGGAUUGCUCUCUUCUCCUACCUCAUGGUCUGGAUGGUGACCAUAAUCAGCUACACGCUCGGGAUCCCGGAUGUCAUCAUGGGCAUCACGUUCCUGGCAGCUGGCACCAGCGUUCCUGACUGCAUGGCCAGCCUCAUUGUCGCCAGGCAAGGGAUGGGCGACAUGGCCGUGUCCAACUCCAUUGGGAGUAAUAUAUUUGACGUGCUGCUGGGCCUGGGCUUCCCCUGGGCUCUGAGGACUCUCAUAGUCAGCUAUGGAUCAGUGGUUACGAUCAACAGUAAAGGCCUGGUGUAUUCUGUCAUUCUGCUGCUGGCCUCAGUCACACUCACUGUCCUGUGUGUCCAUCUGAACCGCUGGAAGUUGGACCGCCGGCUGGGCGUCUGUCUCCUGCUGCUUUACUCCAUCUUCCUUCUCUGCUCCGUCGGCUUCGAGCAGCUGUAGAGCUGGAGUGAACGCGCCCCGUAAACACAGACAGGUUUCCUGAUUUGUUUCCCUCCCACACUGACGCCGUCCCGUCUUCUCAAACACUCGUUUUGAUUUUGUAUCCUCGUGGCUCUAUGCGACACCGGAUGUCUGUAAGUGAUGUUUACCUUUGAUAAAUGAGUAUUUUAAAUAGUUUUGUACUAAAGCACUUCAGAACCCCAGCAGAAAAGCGUUUCUAAAGUGUCACAUUUAUAUACCUGAACCUCAGAGAGAGGAUUAUAGUAGGUUUAGGUUUAUAUAGUUGCUUCCCAUUUUGUGCACUUUUAUCAUAUAUGCUUAGUGUCAGUUUUUAUCUUACUACUGUGUUUGUUAUUGUAAACAACAUAGCAUGUCUGAUCGGCUCGCUCCCGAUGUUUACACUAAGUGACUGUUAUCCUGCCUAAAAGCUUAUCAAUUCAGAGUGUUUGGGUCACAUUCCUAACGUUUAAGUGCAAUAAAAUGUUACGCACAGUUCUUCCUGAAAAUGAAUCACCUUUGUUUUGCUCUCUUGUUCCUAAAUCUAAAUAUUUCAGCAGAAUCUGAGCUGUGAAUGGUGUAAUCAAACCAGCUCUUUGCUGAUAUCCAAAAAGAAAACACUCAUGUGGAUUGAAACAAAUGACCAUCUAGGUUGUGCUGUGGUGGCGUGGGGGAUAGCGCGACCCACGUUUGGAGGCCUUCGGUCCUCGAUGCGGCCGUCACGGGUUCGAUUCCCGGACCCAUCGACAUUUACCACAUGUCUUCCCCCUUUCGUGUCAGCCUACUUUCAAAUAAGGGACACUAGAGCCCACAAAAAGACCCACUGGAGGGGAGAAAAUAACAAAAUAAAUGACCAUCUAAUUAUUUAUGAAGAAAAUCAUAUUAAUUUGUCAAAAACGUCAAGUACUACUUAUUUACUUGAGUAUUUUGUGACACAGUUGAGGUUCAUAUGUGUGAUUUCUUGUAUUUCAUGUAGAAGAAAAUAAACUUCCUUUUUGUAGACAUUUGGUGGAGCACUUUCAGUGAAAAACUGAUUAAAAUUUAUUCUCUGCCAAACACAUGAUGAUAUUUGAAAAUAAAACUCAGUCAACACAAACUGCUCCAGAGAUGUUUCUUUGCCACAAAGUCAUUUUUAUCCUGAUAAAUGAAGCCAAACCUGCUUGUUUUACGUUCAGAGAUGAAGACCAGGAUUCAGCACCAGAGACAGCGCCGCAGUCGUCCGGUCCAAAGAGCUGUCCAGGUUCUGAACCUCAACGCUUCUGAAAAGAAAAUAUGCUUUUCACCAACUUCAGUUUCUAGUUAGAUGGUUUUGUACAUUUUUAUUAUAGAAUAUUGAAGUUUAAUUACAAUCAUUUUAUAGGUUUCAAAGAUUUUUGUGGAAAAAAAAAAUUACCCAAUUCAUCAACCUUUCUUUUUUAAGACUGGGCAUCAAAUCUUGACCAGAUCUUGACUGAUGGUGACCGAUUCCUCCGAUAUCAGUUCUCAGUCAGUUUUAUUAAUUUUCUCCAGAUACUCUAAGGUUCUGAUGGUUCAAUCACUUAGAAACAUUUCAUUUUUAUCACAGUGAUAAAUAAAAAUGAUUGGGUGUGACCAUGGAAAAACCUCCCAACACCUUUACGAAUGCCAGCAGCUUCCUCUGUUGUCAAUGUUGUUUUACAUCAAUAUUAGAAUUAAAGAUGAAAGUUUGACAAAACUGGACAUGUCGGUAAUUUAGAACAUGUACAUAAAAUGUGUUAAUUUCAUAUACAUGAGCCUCUGUAAUAACUAGGAUAACUCUGACAUCUUGGCAGACAGAAAUCUGUUCUUAAAAAUAGAGUUAUGGGAUUGCCUCAAUAUUUUAAAUUACAAAACAAAAGUUUUUAGUCCUUCCUGAGCUAAAAAAGAAAAAGUGUCGUCUGGUAUCAGAGUGAAUAUUCUUUUCUUCUUAAAUAGGCCAUAAGUCAGAAACAAUGCACCAAUGAGACGGAGUUCACGAUUCAAAAUGAUCUUUAUUUCAGUUGGGCUAAAUCAGCUUCAAUACCAAAAAAAUGCAAAAAUAAAAAUAGUACAACAAAGUACGUCAUCUUACAAAUACUUAUGAAGAAAGUCUGACAUAAACAAUUUGAAACAUGUCACAGUCAUAACAAAAAUAUAAAAGUCAAUACAGUACAUAGAAUGGAUUAGGAGCUAUAUAUCGAAGUGUUUGCAAUAUCAUGGACUUUACAAAUUCAACUAGUAAAAACUCCCAAUACCAAUGGAAUAUCAGAUAAUAUAAAAUGUAAAAACAAACACAAAACAGAAACAGCUGUGAUGAAAGUUUAUGUGCAUGUUGCAUGCAAAUCAACCUCAGUGUGAAAUGAUAAAAACAGCUAGUCUGGAAAUGAGUGCAUCUCGUUGGCACAACGUGUGAAACGAUGGCGCGUCAAAAAAAAACAAAAAAACAUGGAAAAACACAUUUAUUUAUGAUCCUCUGCGUUUCAUGUAGUGAG